AUGGCUAAGUGGUUAUACAGUCGUCUGAAGCGGCUCACUCAUGGAUCGGACUACAGCAUUAACAACUCUCAAGCGUUCCUCCGCAGGGUACAAGGCCUCAAAGUAAGUACCGAUGAAUGCUUCCUGUCCUUUGACGUCGUUGCCUUGUUUUCUUCCAUACAACACGAUUUGGCGAUUGAAUGCGUAGCCCAACGCCUACAGAACAAUCCUAUUGAGAUCCCAACGCAGCACAUUAUUGAACUGCUAAAUCUGUGCCUUAGGAACUAUUGUCAAUUUGAUAAUAGGUACUAUCAACAGGUAAAGGGAACCCCGAUGGGCUCACCAAUAUCAGGACUGCUCGCCGAACUAGUUUUGCACCGACUAGAAGAGAUAGUUUUCCAAACUAUCAAGCCUAAACUAUGGCUUCGUUACGUUGAUGACACCUUUGUCAUAAUAAAGAAGUGCGAAGUCGAGCGUCUUCACCAGAGACUGAAUGACGUCUUCCCAGCCAUACAGUUUAUCCGCGAAGAGGCAAUUGGAGACAGCUUGCCGUUUCUGGACGUGAGAAUACAGAAGUUGAGCGAUGGUAGCCUGUCAACAAGCGUCCAUAGGAAAGACUCUAACUCCGAGAUUAUCCUCAACUAUGGAAGCAACCACCCUGCAGCUCACAAAAGAAGCUGCGUACGAACUCUGUUCCACCGGGCCUACCGUUAUUGUAACAGCAACGAUCUCCUGAACAAAGAGCUUGCUCACCUGUAUCGGUUAUUCCGCUCUAACGGGUAUCCAAUCAGUUUUGUAAAGAACUGUCUCAGGCACCAGACACAGUCGCAAGACCCCAUCCCCAACGGAGAGAUUGUGACGCGAAAAUUCUACUCCUUGCCUUAUAUGCGUGGAACUUCUGAAAUAAUUGCCCGGCAGUUCAGCCGCUUGGGUAUUCACCUUGCCCACAAACCAGCAUCUUCACUACUCGCAGCACUAUCUCGAGUGAAGGAUCCCAUCCCCAAAGAGCAACAAACGAACGUAAUUUAUCGCAUCCCGUGUGCUAAUUGCUCUUGCGUGUAUGUUGGCCAUACAGGUCGAUGCCUGGGCACCCGUAUCAACGAACACAAACUAGCUAUCCGUCGGCGAGACCCCCUGUCCCUCGUCUUUGCCCAUGCACUCGAGUACGACCACCGAUUCAAUUGGGAUGGCACUGAGGUCGUCGCCAUGGCUAACACAAAGCGAGCGAGGGAAUUUCUCGAGGCUUGGUACUCCAAUGCGGGUAGUAUCAACCGCCACGUUGACUUAGAUGCCCAUUACGAGGGUCUACGUUCACGAAUGACUGCCCCCUGCCCUAAUCACGCACCAACGACCGCGAAUACAGCCGCCCGCAUUCCAACUGAUUCACCACCCAACCUCCCCCUCCAGCACGGUGCGCCGUAA